ACAUACCAAAAGGGGAAGAAAUCCAAAAAUCCAAAAAAGCACAUAUCAUUCAAACAACGGACGGUAGCCUACAUGGAGCCAUUUACACUCGACGUGUUCAUCUCGAAGCGGUUUGUUUCAGCAUCGCUCACGCACAGGGUGACUUGUAAACAAGUUGCAGUUGCAGGUACGAACUCGAAAGAUAUCAAAGCUGUUCUUCAGUCUCGUUCGGACAUUCCUGCUUGUUUGGCUGUAGGCCGUAUUUUAUCUGAGAGGGCUAAAGAAGCUGAUGUUUAUACUGCUAGUUAUACUCCUAGAGAGAGAGAUAAAUUUGAAGGCAAAAUAAGAGCUGUGGUUCAGUCUCUUAUUGAUAAUGGGAUUGAUGUAAAAAUCUAUCUGGAGUAAACAACCAAUUAUCCUUUUGAAAUAACACUUUGGAUUCUUCAUUAAUGCU